UCCCAUUUUGAGCACAUGACUGGUGGAACGCCAGUAAGCCACAACAAAAACGUUUGUAGUGUUUUCGGGCUAGUGUUUGCCUAGCUAGUAUGUUUUUCUGUUGUUGGCUGUGUCUAGUUGUUUUUUAAAAUGAAGCUGCCGUGUUUAGUCGUUGCUCUGUGCUUCGGAGUGGGUGUAAUGGCUGGGAAAUACUCUCGUGAAUUUAACGAGCCCAAGACGAGUGGCAGUGAUGGACAGCCGGUGGAGUUCAGGAUAGCUAAAUUGAGCCAGGUGUGGGAGAAGGCUAAAAGGAUGCAGUUGUCCCCAGUGCGGCAGGCUGAGCUGCACAGUGACCUGAAGAUCCAGGAGAAAGAUGAGCUCCAGUGGAAGAAGCUGAAGGUGGAGGGGCUGGACGAGAACGGCGAGAAAGAAGCCCAACUCCGACGUAACUUCAAUGUGAUCCUGGCCAAGUAUGGAAUGGAUGGCAAAAGAGACACUCGAUCACUGGAGAGCAACUCCUUGAAGGACCACGACACCAAAGAAGGAGACAUAUUUGAUGAUCCUAGGCUGGACAAACUGUGGAACAAGGCCAAGAGCUCUGGAAAGUUCUCCAACGAAGAGUUACUAAGUCUGAAGAGGGAGUUCCAGCAUCACAAGGACAAGAUCCACGAGUACACCAUCCUCAUUGAUACCGUCAGCAGAACGGAGGAAAUACACAAGAAUGUGAUCUCUCCCCUGGAGGGUGAUGCCAAAGAGCAUGUGCUGCACCAGAAGCACACGGACCUGAAGCAGAAAAUGAGAGACCUCAACCAGGGCUUUGAGCGCCUCCGUAAGCUCAGCCAUGAGGGCUUUACUGAAGACAGCGAGUUCCGGGAGCCCCGUGUGAUUGAACUAUGGGAGGCUGCCAAGAGAGCCAACCUGAGUGAAGACGAGCUGGACUCGCUCAAGGAGGAGCUGCGUCACUUUGAGACCAAGGUGGAGAAGCACAGCCAUUACCAGGAGCAGCUGGAGCUUUCCCAUCAGAAGCUGCUACACGUGGAGUCUUUAGGAGACAAAGAGCACAUCAAGAGGAAUCAGGAAAAGUACAACACGCUAGCUGAGAAGACCAGGGAGAUGGGUUACAAGAUGAAGAAACAUAUGCAGGACUUGUUCAACAAGAUCUCUCGUGAGGGACUCGAGCACAAUGAGCUCUGAGAGACUCGGAUCAUGAAGGUUGCACACCCAACGUACGUUACACACCCCCUUUCCCCUUUAACUACUGACAAAAUAAUGUUUUCUACUUUUCUAAAAAUAUGAGAGGCUUCUUAUUAAUCAGCUGGAAUUGUUGGGAUAACAAACUGCUUAGAUGAUCAGUUUCAGAAAUGUCUGGCUAAAAAUGUGGCAGUACUCCAAGAAAGCUAAACUUUGUGGGGGUGUUUGGUAAUGGACAGACGGCAGCUUAACUACAUCAUCUGGUUAUGAGGAAUGGCCAACUGACUGCAUGACUACUGGCACAUUGCUGGCCAGACAAUUUGUUCCCACCCAUCCGUCAUUAGUUGUGCAAAUAAUUAGCCUGUUAUUACUGUGGUUACUCUUACCUAGUCUGCUGACAUGUUACGGUUAUUAUCUAAUCAAUAUAAAAUGAACAAUGUUUUGUAGAUUUAGGUAGGAAACACUAAAAACCUGGAAAUGUAACUGUAAUCUUUAAUUGGUGAGAUACAUGUGCCAACAACAUAAAAACAGUAGUAUUUGAAAAAUAUAGUUUCAUAUCCUUAUUGUAUUGCCAUCAAUAAAAGCAAUUACUAUUUACAAAUCCUGUAGAGACAUUAAAGAGAUAGUAUGAUUAAUUAUGACAGCAAAAUGUUGUUCACUGUGGAGACAAGAGGAAACUUUUAUUAGCCGGAUUAUACAGAAGAACUGUUCCGAUAAUGUGUGAAAAUGUUCUAAAUAUAGCGCACAUGUUAACUAAUGAUUGAACUCUACUUCACAACACCUAAACUAUCCCUUUUUUGUUUAAGUUCUUCUAACUCUCUCCUACUCACACACCGGCGGGGAACUGCCACCAUAAAAAUGAAUUGGCGUCAAAUACUAAACAAUUUGUCCUGAUGAUGAUAUCAAGAGGGAAUUGGGAAAUGGAACACACACUGCUUCUGGUCUGGAUUGAUUAAUGAAAAAGCACAGAGACAUUGAUUACUGUGAUAAAUAAUGUUGCUGGCCGAUUACUCAGCCAUGUUCUGUUAGGGCCACAUAGACCUGGAUUAAUGGAAUUUGUACUUGAGAUUUAACUCCAAGAUGCUUUUAAGAUCUAAUGUGGAAUGAUAGCCAAGGCUGGGACUCAAGUGCGGCUUUAUCUUAUUGAUCUUAGUAAAAUAGCCUGAAGAAACUAAAUCAAGCUGGAAUUUAAGAGAAAGUCUCUCUUAUCUAAAAUAUCAGUGCCAUUUCCACAUAAUUAAGGCUAUUUAUAUCAAUGCUCAACAGUCACCUGAGAAUCUAAAAGAGGCAGACAUAACUGUCAUGCAGCAAAAAAACAAAAAACAUUUCUUGGGUAAAAAGUUGAGCACUAAUUUAAAUACAAGGAUAUGACAACUUAAAACACACGUCCAAGAUGGCACCUGCGCAAGAGACUUCCCAGACAUUUCCUUCUAUUUCUUAGUGGAAUGGAUUGUUUGUGGAAAUUUCUGUUCACUGGCACAACUGUGGGUGUGUUAAGUACAAGUAGCAAUGAUUGAUAUAACCAACUGCAAUUAAGCACUUCAGAGAGAAUCUGUAAUGAAGUGUUGAGUAGGGUGCUGUGUAGUCAGUCUGGUGGCCCCUGCCGCCUGCUCUCAAGCUGAGUCAGUCUUUCCACUCUGCCCCCACUCUCUGAGCUGUUUCCAUGGCAGUGAUGAGGUGGGCGUACCUAAUGGAGCCUUCUUCUGGUCAAAAAAAAAAAAUCAGUGGUAAUGGGCGGAGAAAAGAGAAGAAAAGUUUCUACUUUGUCACAUGCCUGUCAGUCCCUUAGAUGAAUUGAUCAGUUACUUUGUUUUAACUGUAAUAUAACUAUUAAUGUUUUGAGAUUGUAAAAA